GUCUGUCUGUCAGUUUGUUUGUUUGUUUGUGACUUGCUGCUGGUGUUGGUGCGAUGAUGCGUGGAGGGGUGCGUGUGGAUCGCGUCAAGCUCUUCCUGGGCGGGCUGAGCCACACCACCACCGAAGACGACAUUCACCACCACUUCACACACUUCGCCAAGUGCUACAGAGCUGGUGAGUGCAUGGGCGGGCCAGCACACACGUGUACACAAAAUGAAUGCCUCUCGCAUGUGUGUGUAAUGUGUGUGUCAAAUGGUCAGUUGUGAAGCGUGACUUGCGUGGCAAGCCGCGUGGCUUUGGCUUCGUGGUCCUCAGCAAGGAAGGCGCACAAGUCGCUCUCAGAUCACCGCAGGCAAGCAAACACACCCACACUGACACACCCACACAUCGAUCCAUUGCACUGUGUGUGUGUGUGUUAGGUGUUGUGUGGUCGCGAGGUGGACGUCGAGCCAGCCAUCCCGUCGGAGCUGCACACGGCCGCACCCACACGACAGCCACACACACACUCUCGCCGCCCACCCGCCGGCCUCACUCCCACACGUCUGCCCCAUCUUCCCCACUGAGAGUCAGCCACCCAACUCACAGACACAACCACAACGCACAGCAAUACACGCACCUUUGUCUCGUGGUCUGGCUGGGUGUGUGUGUGUGUGGCACGAUACAUAGAGGUGUUUGUGGGUCAUCUGCCGUUGUCUGCGUCGGUCCAGCAACUCGAGCGCUACUUCGCCAACUUCGGCUCCACCGUCGAGCAAGUCACCAUCAUCCGCGGUACACAAUCAUCACGUGUCUCCACCCAUCCAUCCAUCCAUCCACCCAUCCAUCCAUGUCUCUCUCUGUGUGUGGGUCAAGGUGAGGACGGCCGAUCGAAGGGUUUUGGCUUCGUCACGCUCAAGGACUGGGCCGCCGUCGACAAGAUCAUGACCCAAUACCACACACACAAGGCAACCCACACACAUUCGACACACCACAACACACACAAACAAGACAAGCAAACAGCAGCCACACGCCAUCCAUUCAUGUUCUCCCUUCCAUUCAUCUCGGUGUGUGUGUGUCUCUUUAGAUUGAUGGCCAGUGGGUGGAGGUCAGCCAGCCAUGCACAUGGAGCUGAUGCGUGCAUGACCAGCGUCAGACUGUGUAUCUGUGUGUCUCUGUUUGUCUGUGUCUCUGUCUUUAGGUGAAGCGAGCAACGCCACAGAACGAGCUCAAGCUGCUCCCCGGCGAGAUGCGACACCAACAGCCCCACAGCCACAGCCACGCACAGGCGCCGCAGCACGACUGGCGCACAGGUGCCACAGACGACAAUGAAAAGGACAACGAGGCCUUCGAGUACCAAUCGGCCGUCUCACUCCUCGACGAACACAACCAAGUGCCAGGUCACCUUCUGACCCACACUCGUGCCACAUCUCUCUCUCUCUCUAUCUAUCUAUCUAUGUCUGUCUCUUCGUGUCUGUCUCUUGCUUAGAAGAUGCGUUUGAGAGCUCUGCCGCUGACGUCCUUUCACCGCCGCCAGGCAACCAGCACAAAACCACACCAGACGAGACAAGAUCUGUCUGUCUGUGUGUGUGUUCAGGUUUUGAGGACGUGAUGAUCCCCGACACGGCUCAAGUGCACCACACCCAACCAAACCACGUCCAAGUAAAACCAACCCACACACAAUGGACGGAUAUCGAGUGCACAUGAUGCGUAUCGAUUGUGUGUCUGUGUGCAGGCCGACUCUGCCAAGACGGCCGUAGACGAUGGGGCACAGCAACUCUGCAAGACCGACGCCAAUCAACCAACGGUGACUUAAUUAAACACAUCCAUACCACACCAAACCACCAUCACCGUCGAUGGACACAUGCGUGUGUGAUGUAUGUGCGUGAUCGAUCAGUGUGGGGCUGUCAAGGGCCGAAAGAGUGACGAGAGCGACAAGUCCAAGGCAUCGUCGAGCGGGCUGUGCUCAUCCAGCCGCUCGUCCAUCGUGACGCCGAUCCCCAACUACCAACCCACUGUGCAGGUGCGCAUCCAUCCAUCCAUCCAUGUGUCGUGUCUUAGUUGUGGAUGAUUGCAAUCACGUCUAUGUAUGUGUUUGUGUGUGUUCGUGUUGUGUGCAGGAGUGUCUGCGUCUGCUCAAGUCUGCGAUCGAGCGAGAGGCGAGUGGCGGCGACGCGCACAGGCCCCCCACACACCUCACCGCUGCACUCAUCAGCACAUGCACCGCACUGCUCGACCAGAUGCACGACAACCAACACACGCACGAAUGAAGAAACACAAACAGAGACAGAAGGAAAGAGGAAAGCACGGAAGAGAGUCGGUGGAAGUGGUGGGUGAAUCUUUCAUGGAUGGAUGGCUGUCGUACGUGAGUGGAUGUCCAUGAGCCAGUGUGGAACGAAUGAAUGAAGGAGACCAACCAAC